AUGGUUGGGAUGGCGGCGAGUGAGUUUAUUGGGGCGCGGGCACGCGCGGCAGCGAAGUUAGGGCGGGCGUCGUCAUACGGGGGCGUAGGCCGCGGGCGCGGGGCGGAGCUUUGCGCGCACAGCGGCGCCAACGAAGACGGCGGCGGAGAGCACGGACAGCAGGGUGAAGAUGGAGGCGGUGCGGAAGCAGGCGGAGGCGGCCUCGUCAAAGUCGCCGUGGAAGCCCAGGAACGGGUUGUGCGCGCGCAAGGCAAGGCCGAACGCAAGCAUGGUGACGGCGCCCUGCGAGGGGUUAGCGGCGGCGAGCGGGCGGGGACGAACGGAGGGACGGAGGGCGUACGUACCGCGGCGGUCGUUGCGAAGCAGCACAGGGAUUGA